CUAGCCCUUCGGGAUCUUUGUCCGUUUUUCAACUGCCAUUUCAGUUGUAGCCUUCAUAGGUUCCUCCUUGGGAAGCUCUUCUACCUUUUCUGCCAUAGACCCACCGCAGGUACUGACUCAAAACUGUUAUCUCGUGUCACCCCACUAUUUUCUGGCAGACCCCACUGUUAAGGGCGUCUCUCCUCUCUGAGGCAGACACCUGAACAGCUGCCAUCUUCCCUUCUAUUGUCCCUGCAGUCUGAUCUCAGCUGAGUCACUCGAGUUAUGUCUGCCAGAGAGGAGCAAAAGGUGGCGUCAGUUGAAGAAGACAAAUCUAAUGAUACGGCAGAACAGGCUCCUGUACCCAACGUACUCCCUGUGGAAUCUGCCGAAGGGUCUGAUGGCAUCCAUGGGAUUGCUGCUUAUGUGGCUUCCCAAGCGGUUAUGCAAGCCCUUUGGGAGUUAGAGAGUUGGCAGGAAGCACCUUGGCCGAUGGUGGAGGAGGACUCAUAUGUGCUACUAGAAGAAGAGGAAGAGCAAAAGGAGGCAGAAGAUAAGGAGGAGCAAAAGGAGGCAGAAGAUGAGGUGAACAAGGAAAAGGAGGAGAAGGAAAAAGAAGAGGAGUUCUACCAAGAAGAGUGGGGCCGUGACUAUAAUGAGGAAGAAGACUAUAAACAAGAAGUAGACCAGGAAAUCACAGAAGUCCCAGAAGACCCAGCGACUGAUUACAAGUAUGAAAUUUCCGAUUUUGAGACCAGUCGCUAGGGUUCAGGAGGAUGAAGAGAAAGAAGCCAGAAGAGGGAUCUAAAAAAGCUUGAAAACAGAAAGAUAGGAAGAAAGAAACAAUAAAUUUGUUAUUAAUUUGAGAUUUUUUUUCAUUCUUUAGUAGCAUGUAAGAAUUUUAUUGUUCCAAAUUUCACCACCCCACAAAUGAAUCACUGAUCCUUUCU